AUGGAAGACGAGUGGAAUGGGGAUGCAGAUGCACCAGCCGCAGCUUCCGCGACAGCUGAAGUGCCGGCUGAAGAAGACGAAAUGGAAACGGAUCGGCUUCUUCUCGGAGGCGCCAACGACUCUUCGCAAACGCCUCCGUCCACUACCGGGCACGGGAAGAAAAAGAAUAGCAAAGAAAGUAAGCAGUCACAUCAUUAUUCUUCGUUGCAGUAAUU